AUGGUCCCAAGCUACAGCGAUGCCUUCACCAGAAAUGAUUUUCCAGAGGAUUUCCUCUUCGGAGCAGCCACUUCAGCUUAUCAGUGGGAAGGAGCAGUUGAUGAAGACGGAAGAACUCCAAGCGUCUGGGAUACUUUCUCCCACUCUGAUAACAAAGGUAAUGGAGAUAUAGCGUGUGAUGGGUAUCACAAAUACAAGGAAGAUGUUAAGCUCAUGGCAGAAAUGGGCUUAGAAGCAUUCAGAUUCUCUAUCUCAUGGUCAAGACUCAUACCUAGUAAACGCUUCUUCUGCUUCUUCUUUUUAAACUUGCAAAUGGAAGAGGACCCAUUAACCCUAAAGGUCUAUGGUUUUACAAGAACCUCAUCAAAGAACUACGAAACCAUGAUUUGGCAAACAGGAAUCGAACCACACGUUACACUUUACCACUAUGAUCUUCCUCAGAGUCUUGAAGAUGAGUACGGAGGAUGGAUCAACCGCAAAAUCAUGUAA